UUUCUCUCUCUCUCUCUCUCUCACUCUCUCUCUCUCUCUCUAUAUAUAAGAAAAAGAAAAAAAAAAAUCCAACUCGUGGCGUUUCUGAGAUCUACAAUCACUACUAGUUGUGAAGUGUGUAGGACUUCAGAGAUAGACAGAGAUUGGCACAGAAAGAUAAAAGCUUUGCAAAACCCAGAAUAGGAAAGCAAGGUUGUGUAUAGAAAUUUCAAUUGGGUAUCAACGUCAGUCAAUGGUGGCAUUCAUGUGAAUUUGGUUGAAGGUGUCUGAAGAUCACAGCUAGUGUUGGAAUAGCAGUUGCAAUUUGAAGCUGUGUUGUCUGAUUCAAGCAAGUUGCACCAUAGGGCCUGGCAGACUCGUUAUUUAUGUUCUCCAGAGAUUUGGCUUAGGCUUGUGCUUUACUGAGUUUAACUAUAAUUUAUCACAGAAUUUGCAAUGUCUCUGUGAAUGUCUUUUGGAUGUUGUAUUUUCUCUCUUCAAGACAGGGUUAGCAGCCAUGUGAUUUAAGUAUCAUACUGGUACCUUUAAAAAAAAAAAAAAACCUGGUACUUCUGUUUUGUGCAAAGUACCAAUCCAUAACAUGGAAGCUGAGAAUUUUAAUUCUUACCAUCUGCCAGAUGGUAUUAAUCGGCUACUUCCUGUUGUUGUACCUGUGCUUCUGGUUUCAGUUGGAUAUGUUGACCCUGGGAAGUGGGCAGCAACUGUUGAAGGUGGUGCCCGUUUUGGGUCUGAGCUGGUAGUAUUAAUGUUAAUUUUCAAUUUUGCUGCUAUUUUAUGUCAAUACCUGUCGGCUCGGAUUGGCUUGGUCACUGGAAGAGAUCUUGCUCAGAUUUGCAGUGAUGAGUACGAUAAGUUCACAUGCAUAAUCUUAGGAGUCCAAACAGAGGUUUCUGUGAUUGCGCUGGACCUUACCAUGAUCUUGGGCCUUGCACAUGGACUUAAUCUUCUUUUUGGGUGGGACUUGUUCACUUGUGUCUUUUUGACUGCUGUCAAUGCUGUUUUAUUUCCACCUUUUGCAAUCCUUUUGGAGAACUGCAAAGUAAAGUUCCUAUGCAUAUGCAUGUCAGGCUUUAUUUUUCUUUUUAUUGUUCUUGGAGUACUCAUUAGUCAACCAGAAAUCUCACCUUCAAUGAAUGGGAUGCUAACAAUUUCAAGUGGGGAGAGUGCAUUUGCACUGAUGAGUCUUCUUGGGGCAAGUAUCAUGCCUCAUAAUUUUUUUCUUCAUUCCUCUAUUGUACAGCAUCUGGGAUCACCAAACAUUUCCAAGGAUGCUUUGUGUCAUAACCAUUUUUUUGCCAUCUUCGGCGUGUUCAGUGGUAUUUAUGUGGUGAAUUAUGUGCUGAUGAUCUCAGCAGCAUCUGUCUUUAACAGUUCCGGCCUUGUUAUGCUUACUUUUCAGGAUGCAAUGACACUAAUGGAACAGGUGUUUAUGAGCCCCUUUGUCUAUCUAUUUGUUCUGUUUUUCUCAAAUCAAAUCACGUCAUUAACUUGGAGUCUAUGUGGACGAGUAGUUUUGCAUGAUUUCUUGAAGUUGGAUAUUCCUGGUUGGCUUCAUUGUGUUACAAUCAGAGUUAUUGCCAUUGUUCCUGCCCUUUACUGUGUGUGGAGUUUAGGAGCUGAAGGGAUGUAUCAACUACUUAUAUUCACACAGGUGAUGGUAGCUUUACUGCUUCCAUCUUCUGUGAUCCCCCUUUUCCGUGUUGCUGCAUCAAGAUCAAUAAUGGGUGUCUACAAAAUUUCUCAGAUUGUGGAGUUUUUAGCCAUUGUCACAUUUAUUGGGAUGCUAGGCUUGAAGCUUAUAUUUGUGGUAGAAAUGAUAUUUGGGAAUAGUGAUUGGGUAAGUAAUUUGAAGUGGAAUAUGGGAAGCAGUAUAUCUCUCUCAUAUGUAGUUCUUCUUGUCACUGCUUGUGCAUCACUUUGUUUGAUGCUUUGGCUAUUAGCCACCCCAUUAAAAUCUGCUAGUGCUAGAUUAGAUGCUCAGGCGUGGGAUUGGGACGUGCCAAAGGCUGUACCUGAUACAUCCACCGAGAGAGAAGAAUCUGAUUUAACUGGAAGUGCUUAUCACGGCGAGGCACCCAUUCAGAAGCAGGAACCAUCACUGGCACAGAGCAAGGGUUUGGAGAGUCAUUCAGAUGGACUAGUUGCAGAUCCUCGUAUCAACUUGCCUGAAACUAUUACGGAGCCUGAUCACAGGCAUCAGUUGACUACUGUAGAGGAAAAUCAUUCCAAUUCUACAUUUACUAGCUCCCUCACAUGUGUGGAGGAAAUGCCAGUGGCGGUAGAGUCAGUCCCUGUCUCAGUUGUUCCUAAUGUGCUUUCUGAUGUUAAAUUGCUAGACACUAGAAGUGUGAAGUCAGAAUCAAUGGACCCUGUUGAGAAGAUUCUGGGAAUGGAGGGAGAUCUACAAACUGAAAAAGAUGAUGAUGAGGCAGAUGCUUGGGAACAUGAUGAAUCAGGUAAAGGGGUUUCUGGGAGCACACAAUCUUUGACAUCUGAGGGUCCAGGAUCAUUUAGGAGUCUCAGUGGGAGAGGUGAUGAAGGAGGAAGUGGUACUGGAAGUCUUUCAAGAUUAGCAGGAUUAGGACGUGCUGCAAGGCGUCAGCUAGCUGGAGUUCUUGAUGAGUUUUGGGGACAACUGUUUGAUUUCCAUGGGCAAACUACUCAAGAAGCAAAGACUAAGAAACUGGAUGUUUUGCUGGGAGUGGAUUCCAAGCCUUCCUCUUCAUCACUGAAAGUGGAUACCACUGCACAGGAAUUUUCUGGAUACUUCACAUCGGUGGGAGGCAGGGGAUCUGAUCAUUUAAGCAACUCAAGUUUAUACAACUCUCCCAAGCAGCAGAAUGUGCAAAGGAGUACAGAGUCGGCAUAUGGGGUUCAAAGGGGAUCUUCCUCAAUGUGGUCCAACCAUGUGCAGUUGUUGGAUGCAUAUGUUCAGAAUUCAAGCCGCAAUGUCCCAGACUCCAGCGAGAGGCGCUAUUCUAGUGUGCGCAAUCUACCUUCCGUUGAAAGUUUGGAUUAUCAGCCCGCUACAGUACAUGGUUAUCAGCUUGCAUCCUAUCGAAUGGCUAUAGACAGAAACUCUGAUCACUUGAAUAGUCAAAUGGAGUCAACAGCUUUGAGAUCCCCACCAUUGGGUGUCACAAGCUAUAGUAGAGAUUCGAUGGCUUUUGCUUUAGGGCAAAAGUUGCAAAAUGGGUUAAGCUCUAGUCAUAACUCUAGUUUCCAGAAUCCGGCAAUAUCCAGAGAGAGUCAGUUGCAAUGCGAAAGAUCGUAUUAUGAUCCUUGCUCUUCUGGACCUGCUGAUACUGUUGUAAGUUCAGCCAACACGAAGAAAUACCAUAGCUUGCCAGACAUGUCAGGAUACUCUGUCCCUCAACGGGACUUACACAUGUCUGAUAAGGGUGCACAAUGGGACAAUCCUAUUCAAUAUGGACCCUCUGUUAGUAGAACAGUUUAUGAACAGUCCUUAUAUCCAAAUUCUGGAUCAAGAACAGGAGCUCCUUUGGUAUUUGAUGAACUCUCUCCAACAAAAGUUUACAGAGAUGGUUUCUCUUCACAGUUGAAUUCUAGUUCCAGAUCCCUCUGGUCUAGACAACCUUUUGAGCAGUUUGGUGUAGCUGACAAAAAUCUUACUGUUGGGAGUGAAGGAGUUAGAAGUAGGUCAAGUUCAAUUACUCAAGAAGCUACUUCUACUGUGGAUUCAGAGGCCAAACUUCUUCAGUCUUUCAGACAUUGUAUUGUGAAGCUAUUGAAAUUGGAAGGAUCUGAUUGGUUAUUUAAACAAAAUGAUGGGGCUGAUGAGGAUCUAAUUGACCGAGUGGCCGCAAGAGAGAAAUUUCUUUAUGAAGCCGAAACUAGAGAGAUGAAUCGGGGGGUUCAAAUAGGUGAGCCUCAGUAUUCUUCUGAUAGGAAGUCUGGUUCUGCCAUGAGGAAUAGUGAUGCAGGUUUAAACAACUUUUUGAUUUCCUCUGUUCCUCAUUGUGGGGAGGGCUGUGUUUGGAGAUUAGAUUUGAUAGUGAGCUUUGGGGUGUGGUGCAUCCACCGGAUUCUUGACCUGUCACUCAUGGAAAGCCGGCCAGAGCUGUGGGGCAAAUAUACAUACGUAUUAAACCGUCUUCAGGGGAUAAUUGAUCCAGCAUUUUCAAAACCUCGUUCUCCAAUGACCCCAUGCUUCUGCCUUCAUAUCCCUGAGGCGUACCAGCAGAGGUCAAGUCCACCUGUUUCAAAUGGAAUGCUACCCCCUGCUUCAAAACCGGGCAGGGGGAAAUGCACAACUGCAGUGAUGGUCUUAGAUAUAAUCAAGGAUGUAGAGAUUGCAAUCUCUUGUAGAAAGGGCAGAACAGGCACUGCAGCUGGUGAUGUGGCUUUCCCAAAGGGUAAAGAAAAUCUUGCAUCUGUCCUAAAACGCUACAAGCGUCGUUUAUCUAACAAAUCUGUUGGUGCUCAUGAGGGGUCUGGGCCACGUAAGGUUCCUACAUCUUCCCCAUAUAUCUUGUAGCUCCCGCCCUCAGUUUCCAACAGGUUCAGUGAUUAUUGGGUUGCUUGAUUUUGGGAAGCAGCUCAUGCUCCUGAUCAGCUCUGUCCUCAGUUGUUAGAGGUCUCUCCCUCUCUCUCUCUCUCUUUCUCUCUCUCUCUCUCUCAAUGUGUAUCAAAGUUUUUGCUGCAAAUUUUAUUUCCAUGUAUUUUACAUAUACAUAGGAUAAGAAUUACUGGAUAUGUUAUUGCAGCAGAAUUAAUGAAAAUGGUGAGAAGAAAGGUAGAAAAUUGUUUAUCGCAA